GCAAAAUGUUGGACAAGCUAGUGGAAUGGAUCAUGAGGCUUCGACGAGAAGGAAAAACUUAUCACAACGAAGAGGAAGAGGAGAUGAUGCACCAGCUCCGAAGCACGCGAUUGACGAGGGAGCUGUGCUGCAAAAACGACUCGCGCCACUGCAGGCCGUUUUUUACGAGCUGCAAAGCGCCGCGCAGCCUAUAAGACGGGACAUGCGCGGAGUAACACGUGGUUUGCAUCGCGCUGUGCAUGAUUGUUGGAUCGCACUAGUAGAAGCUUCGAAGGAACAGGAAGUCGCGCCAAGUAGUUCUACUUCUACUGAUCCCGCAGCUGGAGGGGGUCUUCACACUGGUGACAGCCUAGGAGAUGUAGACCAAGAUGAAGUGCAUCGCGCUCAUCCAGCGCCGUGUGGCAACCACGAAGGGCAGGAGCACAUGAUAGUGUGCACCACCGACCGGACCAAACCGGUCGAACUGCACGGAGAAGUUCGCUCAAAAGCGGAGGUCUCUUUUGCCCAGCGCAUGGAGGAGGUAGGGUGGGGUCUUGCUCCACUCUGUGGACGUUGUCUCGUCGGCACUAUGAAGGCAAGUACCCUGGCUGAUCUUGUAGGCGAACUCAUGCCCAAUGCUAAGACGAGUACCAACAACAUGUUGACCACACGUGAGCAAAAUCUGUCGACGUCCCUACGUUGUGAUAGCUGCGAAACGCAUCAAGCCGAUAGUACGUCGUGGUCUAUGAAAAUCAAACGUCCUUGCAGUGCUGAAGGAACAAGAACAGGACUGGCUUUCCCGCCAGCUUGUUCGGGUCUAGCAGGGAGCAACUGUCAAGGGCGCCUAUGGUGGUGUCCGCAGUGUUGGAUGGAGGCCAAAGUGCCGGUGAGUCGCUGUGCGCAGUGCGCACUGUCCACGAUGUCCCACUGGGUACCAACUGAGCAAGACCAUCUUGGCUCAUCAUCUCCUCUCUUUCUUUUGCCAUCGGCAAACCCUAGUACUAGAAGUACCAACCACAAGUUGACAACAUCAAGUACCCCCUCUAUUUCAUCUAGUCGGAGGUCGAGAUCAACAUCAGAAGGGGCUCGAGGCAGAAUGAAUAGAGCACUCAGAAACAGAAGCUGCAGACUUUCCUCGUCGCCCAGGACCGACAAGGUUUUAGACACUGCAUAUCAGCACCCGCGGAGCAAAUACCGGGAAAGGCUAAUAGACGAUCUAGAUGAAAUAAAGACACCGAGCAAAAAUGCGAUGGCCGCCAAGAAGUAUCGUGUUGAACGCAUUCUUGCGGAAGUUCAAAAAAAUAGAAGUGGUUCAUCUGUUGACGGACGGUGUAGUUCUCGGGUUGGCGUUUCUACAUCCUCUGUCUGCCGCGUAAAGAUGAAAGACGAAAAUACCUCAACAAGAAAUGUGACUUCAUCUCGUUUGACUCCGCGAAAGAACCUAGAGGAUUCUGAUGAAAAAGUACACAAGAACAAGAUAUUUAAUUUUCAAGUUAAACCAGCACCGACUGCAUUUGUGGGCUAUAAUUCUUCAUCCACUGUGGCCGAACAUCAACAUCAAGUAGGUGUUAGGUACAACAACAAUAUGAAGAUGAAGCAAAAAAACGACUCGGAGUCGGACUGUAUGCCAAGGGGAACCGCUUGCUCACCAGGUCUCACUUCACCUUCUCCGGCCGCGAUUGAAGUCGGGAUUGCGCUGUCAGCCAGGGAACGUAUGACGCAGGCGCGGAGUACCCUUCUCCUCGAAGAGACACCAGAAAGAAUGGCCCGUCGAGCCCAUAAUUCUGCUGCCGCUAGAAAUCGUUUUGGACGAGGAACGCGUCCUGAUAGUAAGACGCAAUUUGAAUGGGACUGUUUUCGACCGUGCUCACCUCCGAGUCACGAGGGUGAGGAGUCUUUGAAGAAGGCGUCGCGACUUGUUGUCAUGCAGGAGAAAGAAUUCGGAGGUGAAGAGAAGCAGAUGAUGGGAGCGGUGGAUGAUGGUGAUCCUCACGGUCAAACGAAGCCAAACUCUCAGUACACGACUACCUUACUAGGGACAGGUGCAGGAAAAGAGCGAAGUCAAAGAUGCGAUCGCGAUGCAGACCGUCGUACUACGUGGGAACAGGAUCGAAGAAGUGCGAUCGGCUCCGAUCUCAGCCUGGCGGUGGAUCGAAGCCUGGCGGCAAUGAAAAACGUAGCUCAGAAAGUUCAACCAAGUAGCAGUCGCUUCAAAGCCCCAGCGUCGGGCGAAAAAAAUUCGAUGUGGCAACACAGUGCGGCAAUGCGCACCGCGUGGCUUGUAUAAUAUUUGAUCACUCCUAGAUUAUCGACAUGAAGCAUCUUUCUGCCUCUGAAGUAAUCUUUGGACAUUGAACAUAUAUGACCAUGAAAUUCGCAUCAAGUGAUGCCUGUAGAGCUCGUGGAAGGCAAGACUUCGCAGGGAUAGAGUAUCAAAAAUUCGUGAUCCUGACGACAAGCAUACACUUCUAUGUAUGUGUGUAUGUAUGUAUGGAUGUAUGCAUGUGUGUAAGCAUGUUUGUGCGUAUGUAUGUAUGUAUGUAUGUAUGUAUGUAUGUAUGUACUGCACGUAUGUGCUUGAGUGUGUGUAUGUAUGCACGUAUGAGGGAACUCGAAUUGUCACUGACGUCGUGUUCUUAUGUAGUAGACACGUUUCUAAGAGUCGGAGAGAAUUCCGUCGUUUCGAUAGGAUCAGGAACCCUUUUUGGAAAUGUAGGUUUGGACUUCAUAGUCUCUCGC